AUAAAUAGCAGCUCGAUAGGGCAUCCGCUCGACAGAGGUGAUAUAGCAAAUAUCAUUACUUGGGCAUCCACCGCUACACUACAUCUUCUUGAGCAUCCAACAGGAGAAAAUGGGGACGCUGACUUACAACUUCUUGGUUGAACCAUUUUCAAGAAGUUUCAAGGGUCUCAUUAUUUGGUGUAUUUUACUUUAUAUGAUCCAAUGUUCAUCGGCGACUUCUAAUAGGACUGGAAACCAUUUUUAUAAAUGGGAAGUGGAGUACAUGUACUGGUCUCCAGAUGGGAUAGAAAAUGUUGUGAUGGGAAUCAAUGGCCAGUUCCCUGGUCCAACAAUCCGUGCUAGAGCUGGAGAUAUAGUUCAUGUGCAACUCACAAACAAACUCCACACUGAGGGGGUUGUCAUUCACUGGCAUGGAAUCAGACAGAAAGGAACACCAUGGGCAGAUGGGACUGCUUCCAUUUCGCAGUGUGUCAUUAACCCCGGAGAAACCUUCGAUUAUAGGUUCACUGUUGACAGAGCAGGAACGUAUUUCUACCAUGGACACUAUGGAAUGCAAAGAUCAGCAGGGUUGUACGGUGCCAUGAUAGUGGAUGUGGCAGAAGGAGAGAAGGAGCCUUUCCACUAUGACGGUGAGUUUGACCUUUUGUUAAGUGACUGGUGGCACAAAAGCGUUCAUCACCAAGAAGUUGGCCUUUCUUCCAGACCAAUGCGUUGGAUUAAUGAACCCCAGGCCCUACUUAUCAAUGGAAGAGGACAAUAUGGGUGUUCCCUGGCAGCUCAUUACGGCAACUCCUCUUUUAGCCAGUGCAAUAUAACAGGACAUGAACAAUGGGCCCCUUAUAUCCUGCAUGUGGAUCCAAACAAGACCUACAGAAUAAGAAUCGCCAGCACUACUGCUCUUGCUUCUCUCAACUUGGCCAUUGGGAAUCACAAAAUGAUGGUGGUGGAAGCCGAUGGAAAUUAUGUGCAACCAUUUGAGACUAAUGAUUUGGACAUUUAUUCUGGUGAGAGUUACUCAGUCCUGUUAAACACAAGUCAAGACUCCUCCCAAAACUAUUGGAUUUCUUUUGGUGUAAGAGGAAGAGAACCUCACACCCCACAGGCCCUAACCAUAUUAAACUACAAGACCAACUCUGCAUCGAAACUCCCUCUUUCACCACCUCCUGUAACUCCCAGAUGGGAUGAUUAUGCUCACAGCAAGGCAUUCUCUAACAAGAUUAAGGCCCUGGAUCAUAAAAGUAUCCCUAAGCCUUCACCGACUUACCACCGUAGGAUUGUCCUGCUAAACACCCAGAACAAGAUGAAUGGCUAUACCAAGUGGUCUAUCAAUAAUGUUUCCCUGUCAUUACCUGCCACACCUUACUUGGGGUCCAUCAGAUUUGGCCUGCGGGAUGCUUUUGACCAAACAAAGCCACCUGAGGAUUUUCCAGGGCAUUAUGAUGUUAUGAAACCACCAGUUAAUCCUAACACCACUACUGGAAGCGGGGUUUACAUGCUAGGUUACUAUAGCACAGUGGAUGUGAUAUUGCAAAAUGCAAAUGCAUUGACAGAAAAUGUAAGUGAAAUACACCCAUGGCAUUUGCAUGGUCAUGAUUUUUGGGUGCUAGGGUAUGGAGAAGGGAAGUUCACCAAAUCUGACGAGAAGAAAUUCAACUUGAGAAAUCCACCUUACAGAAACACUGCAGUGAUAUUUCCUUACGGAUGGACGGCACUGAGGUUUGUGGCAGAUAAUCCAGGAGUAUGGGCCUUCCAUUGCCAUAUUGAGCCACAUUUGCAUUUGGGGAUGGGCGUGGUUUUUGCUGAAGGUGUCCAGCAUGUUGCUAAGAUUCCUAAGGAAGCCCUUUCUUGUGGUUUGACUGGGAAGAGGUUCAUGACUGGAAGCCAUUUGGGCUAAGUUGAUGUCUUUUGUUUUGUUUAUGCAUGCAACGCGAUGAGGAGUUAUAUGCCUUAUUUGUAUGGUGUUUGAAAUUUAAGGUGUUAAUGUUAUCAUUAUAAAUUAUAAGGUAAACUAUUUAGUCGA